AUGGAAGAGGAAGAGGGAGUGGAAUCGAGGAGAAGUAGGAAGGAGCAAGAAAGGGAAAGGCGGCGUCUAAGAGACAGAGAAAGAAGACAAUCUAUGAGCAAAGAUGAGAGGGAAAGGCAUUUGGCUAGGCGCCGCAAAAACUACCAGCUACGAAGGCAGAGAGCUGAGAUAAGCCGUAUAGACUCUCAGAUACAAGCAAUCACCGGAGGAGGCAGCCAAUCAGCAAUGACCUCAUCACCUCCUGAUUCAGGAGCCAGCAGUUCUGUCCCGUUGGUUGAGUCUGAUCAGAGUGUGGGGUUACAAGUGGAGGAUCUUGCUAAACUGAUGGGAACUAUACGGCUGAGCCGUAUGAAACAUCUGGCGAGGACAUUGAGAAAGCCCAAUUCUACUGGUGCAGAGGCAAGCAACAGUGGAGCAACCUAUGCAAAGAGUACAAGACGUGCAAUGUCAAGUGGGCUACGUCUGAGUCGUGUGAAGCGAAUGGUGAGAUCAAAGGGCCAGCAUGAGGGGUUGCUGUCACAACAUUCCCAAACCCAAGUGUCAACAGGACUCCAACUUCAGUAG